CGGCUCGGCUCGGCUCGGCUCGGCUCGGCUCGGCUUCCCGGGUCUGCUGGCGCGGCGCUGGGAGGCACUGCGGCCGUCUGUGAGGGAGGGCAGCGGUGAGGCAGCUGGGUUUAUGGCCCAGAUUUCCAGGAGAGAUGGUCAUAGCUGUGUGUGUGUGUGUGUCGACCAAGGGAAGAGCCUUACAUAUGGUUCUUGUAUAUCGGCGUGCAAGCCCGGAAAGUACUAGGAACAACUUACUUAACGUGUAGCUGGAGAUGAAGUGGGUACUCUGAGCCUGGCGGCAGACUGGAUGUAGCCUUUGUCAGAAUAGCAGUAUUUCAGUCUGAAAGCACAGCAUUUCUGUGACCAGCUGCUUGUGUUUCUGCUGCAUUGGCCCACAGCGAUUCAGACAACACAGAGCAACACAGAAGUGUACUGCAGUUCAUCAUUUAAGGUAGAGAAACUUACUCAUUAUGAGAACAGAUGUGCCUUCUUUCUCCUACGUGUGUGCUGCUGCAGCUGAGCACCUCAGUGCCAAGUACAAAUCUGAGCCAAGGUUUGGUGGCUGAAGUGAAGCCAGUAGGAUGUGCUUACGUGCUGCUGAUCCCAGCAGCUUCCUGCAGUGGGUGCAGCUGUAUUUAGACACAGUGUGGAGCUGGGUGCUCUACGUGGAGUUAUUUCUCGGUUCUUUUCAUGAGAAUGUCGCACACAAAGUUUAAAACCUCAACAUCAGUUUGAAAUCCAAAACACUGAAAAAACGGCACUGUAAAACCUGUGAUGUUUAGCUCUUGAGGGCAGCCUUAGAUUGUUUUCUCGAUGCAUAUGAUGCUUGGUUUGAUGCCUAUGUAUCUUUGCUUGGAUGUAAGGGAAAGUCUUUUACAGUGGGGGUGGUGAGGCCUUGGAACAGGUUGCCCAGAGAUGUGGUUGGUGCCUCCGUCUCUUUGUCAUCCGUGAAAUGUUGAGUCAUAGAAUGGCCUGGGUCAAAAAGGACCACAGUGAUGAUCCAGUUCCAACCCCUGCUGUGUGCAGGAUCGCCAACCACCAGACCAGGCUGCCCAGAGCCACAUCCAGCCUGGCCUUGAGUGUCUCCAGCGAUGGGGCAUCCACAACCUCCUUGGGCAACCUGUUUGGUGUGUCACCACCCUCUGGGUGAAAAUUGAUUGAUUGGAGAUUGUGAUUCGGUACCUGGCUGUCAGUGCAGCGUUGCAAACUAAUGUUUAAAUUUAUAGACUGCAUCAAAAAUAGGAGCUGAAUGCAGUGUGUGUGCAGCAGGAGCCUACAGAGGAAGCUGGGCCAGUGAGAAUGCAGAGCAGUCUGGUGACGAUGGCAGCCCUGGACAGCAGCACAGCAAAUGGUAUGUUUUGAAUCUAGUUAACUUCCUAGUGAAAUGCCAGGCAGUAAUCAUCAAGCAGACCUGCUAAUUUCAACAGAGCAGUUAGCAUUUAAUUGAGGUAUGCAAAGAACUGGAACCUGUAGAAACUUCUGUGAGUACUGAGACCCUCUGAAAACUCGUGGCUUCCUCUUCUUUGUGUCAUGCAUCUGAGAUGGUUGUUUUGAGUAAUGGCUUCUCUUUCUGAUGCCUGAUGUAAGUAGCUGUGUUGUAGUUUUGAUCAAGUCUGCCAAAGACCCCGGGCCUCCAACACAGUAAGAAAGGUAGGCAGUUUGAAAUCCUUCUCGACAGUAUAUAGCUAAACAUACAAGGUAAAGUCAGGAUGAAAUUUUGAUUGUAACUGUGUUUUAAAUGAUGCUGGUAGUGCUGCCUGGAAUUAAGCUUGCCUCACGUUUCCCAUGAUAAGACCCUUUUUUCAGUGGCAUCUAACUUUGUCAGGUUUCAGUUGUUUGGGCUGAAACUUUUCAUGCUGAAUGUCUGCUUCAGAUGAAUUGGUUUGGAAAGCUUAAACAAAGAAAUGGUUUCACCAUUUCUGGGAAUGAAAUUAAGAGAAAAAUAUUUUCUUUUGCCAUGCCAACUUAAUUCUGGCGUUUCCCGGUGUAUGGCAACUGUUGAAUCGUGGCCUGAACCUCAGAUUGACCACCUGAGGCGAGCACUGAGUCAGCCGCAGAGGACACAGUUGAACACAGUUUCACCUGAGUGACCGGAAGACCCCAUGUAAGGGCUGACUCUUGGAGCCCUUUGGUGAGCCCACGACCAGGGACAUCUGGAAAUGUUGCUGGAGCCUUUGAAGCCCUAGUCUAUAUGUGUUCAUGCUGGAGGAACUGAAGCUGAAGCGGGGGAAGGAAGUAAUUUUUAACUCCUCCCUAAAUGCCAGUCACUGCCAGGGAGAAGUCAAUCUGGUAUAUGGCAUCUAAGAGAAAAUACAUGGAUACCUGUUACGAAACAGAGAUGCUGUCUCGCAGCUGCUGAGGCCUUUGUAGUGGCUCACAAAGAAAGGCCAAAAACGGGACUGGAGAAGAACAGAAGAAGAGGCAUUCCAGGAAGCCAACUUAGCUGCUAAACAGGCCCAGGCACUGGGUAAUAUUCGAUCCUACCCUUACAGCUAAACUAGAUGCAUGCAACUCAAGAUGGGUUUGGCUAGCAUCUAUGGCAGUGCCAAAAUUCUGUUUGAACCCCAGUUGGGUUCUGGUCUUAAGUUUGGCACAGAGCAGAGGAAAGGUACGGUAUGAUUGCAAAGCAGUUAUUGACUGCUUAUUCUGCAUUACAGGUGACAGAGCCAAUAACUCAAACAUCUCCCGUCAUAGUUAAGACCACCCUGUCUUUCUGUCACUACAGGCAUCAUGUGUCAGCCACACGGGUACGGUGUUGAAGUGGAAAAAAGCCUGCAGACCCUGGGAAAACCAUUGGGGGAGAGAGGAGAAGUGCCCUUUGAAGCAUUUGAUGCCCUGCUGGCAUCCAACACCAGCAUGGUCCUUUUCUCUCCUUUUCAGCCUUUUGCCAUCUCUCAGUGGUUGAUGAUGACAUUGGCGCUCUUUACCCAAAUGACUGGGUGAAUAUUGCUUUUGUGCCUCAGGGGAAACCCAGAGGUAAGUUGUGAGUACCCGUUUCCUUGAAGGCAGAAAAAUUAGUGCUGUAGUAGUGUAUUCAGGUACGUAAGAACCUCCAAAGUACUUUCAAGUCUCUUUGUGCCUUAAAGGCCAUACGCAGAUCAGUCGUAAGUCUUUCUUUUCAAAUUUGGCUUGGUCUCUGUACAUCAGAGAUCUCCCCAGUAAGAAAACCCAAAUGCUCUUCCAUGCUGUCUCUGAGGAUUGUUUCACGUGGCCCAGAGAGAGUAUCUGGAAAGCUGCUGAGUGCCAGCCAACUGCCUACCUGGCCCCUCUGCAACUUUGCAACUUUCGACCCAGGUCUAGGUGCCAUGUUGUCACCAGAGCCCCUUUCAGUCACUGAAGGUCCCUAAGGGAGAGAGAGAUUACAAGACGCCAUGGGAAUGUUUCUCAUCACCACUUGAUUAGAGCUAUGCCUAUAAGCAGUGUCUUGCCAAAGCCUCAGCAUAAUCUGGUCCACGAGUGUCAGGGCAAUCCCACAGGAAAGGGCCUUUAGAUCUUCCCCUUCUACGCCCUUCCCUUCUCCAGACAGUUCCGCACAUGAGUCCUUUUUGGACUGGCACGGUGCUGCUGCAGCAACUAUUUGCCAGAUGCUUCCAGCGCAGCAGGGAGAGUAGAGUGCUGUGGAGCAAUGCUGUCACUCCAGUCUAAACAAGUACCUGGCCGUGUCUGACAGAAGCUGCUCCAUGUUUGUUUGCAGGUGCAGGUGGAGUUGAAUGGGAUCCAGCUUCCCAGCUGAGCUCCAUGCCAGAAGCCCCAGCAACUCCUAUGGGCCCUGAGAGACGGAAAGAGGCACUGGGAAAAGGAAAAUAUCCGCAGAGGCUGUCCCAUAUCCUAAAGAAAAUCAUGAAGGAGAAGGCAGCACAUGUGCUGUCAGAGCCCCGGGAAGCCCAACACAACAGGAUCUAUGAUCCUUUUCUGAAGAAUCCAGGUGUGGAUGGUGAAGGACGUGCAAAAGCCGAGCAAAUUAAAGCUACACAGAAGUACUACCUGGAACUUGCUGCAGCUGUCCCGGUUUCCCUAUUGCUAGGGAUGAUUCUGUGCUGUCUACUUAUCUGGCGAUGGAGGCAGAGAAACCAGCGCCUCGCUGCAGCUGAUGAAGCCCGGGAUGAUAGCAGCAGCUCCAGUUCAGAGUCAGAUGAACAGCCUGCCCACCUCGAGGGGCCCAAAAGACAGACAUGGUGGCAACCACCUGUGUGGGGACGACCUGCCCACCUGCUGCAGGACACCACCAGAGCAGCCCCUGCCAGGCUGGACAGCAGCCAGGCUCAGCUGCCCCCACCUCGGCCCCCGCGGCCCACCGGCCUGGGCUCCACAUCCCGGGGGAUGCGCAACAGGCCCAGCAGCCCCCGGACCCACCGGGCAUCAGCACAGCCCCCCCGUCCCCCUCCACCAUCCUUCAGGGGACGGAAGGAACCUGCCCGGGGUAGAGGCUCGCAGUCAUUGGCCAGCACUGAAACAACGGCUCCCCAGCAGAUGAGCGACAGGCCCAGCAGCCCCCGGCCCCCCCGGGCAUCAACACCACCCCCCCGUCCCCCUCCACCAUCCUUCAGGGGACGGAAGGAACCUGCCCGGGGUGGAGGCUUGCGGUCAUCGGCCGGCACUGAAAUAACGGCUCCCCGGCAGAUGAGCAACAGGCCCAGCAGCCCCCGGCCACCAACGCCGCCCCCCCGACCUCUGCCUCCUCCUCCUCCACCAUCCUUCAGGGGACGGGAGCGGUCCCCUCAGGGUGUCGGCUCGGGGGCAUCGUCCAGCACCCAGACAACCGCUGCCUCAGGGAAGCCUGAGAGGCCCAGCAGCCCUCAGCCCCUCCCAGCACCACCUCUGCCUUCCCCCUCCCCUCCACCAUCCAUCAGGGGAGGGAAGCAAUCCCCGCAGAGUGCAGACUUGGGGAAAAUGUCCAACAGACGGACAACCACUGCCUGGGGGAAGCGCGACCGCUCCAGCAGCCCCCCAGCUCCCCAGGCACCGUCACCACCCUCCCAUUCCCCUCCACGAUCCUUCAGGGAACGGGAGUGGCGCCCCCAACCCCCUCCACUGCCCUCUCCAUCCCCUCCACCAUCCUUCAAGGGACAGCAGCGGCCCCACCAGCAUGACAGACCUGGCCGCCCCCAGGCUCCCCAAAUGCCCUCCCCCACCCCUCCACCAUCCAGCAGGAGGUGGGAGCAGCCCCCCCAGGGUGUUGGCUCGCGGGAACUGUCCAAGAGACCGACCACUGCUGCCUGGGGAAAGCGUGACCGGCCCAGCAGCCCACAGCCCCCCCGGGCACCAUCCUCCUACUCCCCUCCACCAUCCUUCAGGAGGUGGGAGUGGCCCCCCCAGAGUGUCAGCACAGGGGCAUCUUCAGACACCUGGAAAACCACUGCCAGGGGAAAACAGACCAGGCCCAGCAGCCCCCAGUACCGCCCAGCACCACCUCUGUCCUCUCGCUCCUCUCCACCAUCCAGCAGGAGGUGGGAGCACUCCCAGCGUGCGGGUUUGGGGACACCAUCUGACAUCCACAGAAGCACUGCUGGCAUCAACCGGAGUUUUCCAGGCUCCGCUGUACCAAUAAAUAGAAAGUAGUGCGUUUGGGGCACCACCUGAUAUCCACAGAACCACUGCUGGCAUCAACCCGAGUUUUCCAGGCUCCACUCUACCAAUAAAUAGAAAAUAGUAGCACAGUUGUUUGUGUACUGUUGUCAUGUCAUUACCUGACCCGCUGCCAGACCUUGCGUGUCACUUGGCAUUGGCAGACAGUGAUAAUACGAGUGGGAACGGCUUUAAACUUAAAGAGUGGAAAUUGAGGUAGAUGUGUAGAGGAAAUUCCUUCCCCAGAGGCAGCGAGGCCCUGGCCCAU